AUGCGUGGAUUUAUUGUAUUGUGCUUGUCCGCCGUGGCUUUGGCCGCACCACAGGGCUACAACUAUAACCAGGGUUCAGCUGGUGGUAUUGGUGGCGGUGCUGGUGGUGCAGGUCUCAUCUCACAUGGCCAGGGUGGUUUCAGCCAGUUUGGUCAAUCUUCAAGUUCAGGCGGCUCUUUCUUCCAUGGUGGCAGUGUUGGCGCUGGCGGUGCUGGCGUUCAACAAGGUUUCUUCAAUCAUGGUGGCUCCCAACAACAACAACCUGCCGUUGUUUCGAAACGUUUCUUCAUUCACACUGCCCCCGAGGAUGCCGAUGAGCAAUACCAGGAGAAACACAUCACCGUAGGAGUGCCACGCAAGAACUACAACGUGGUAUUCAUCAAAUCACCAAACCGCGCACACAAGAAGGCCUCGAUCAAGAUUACACCCGCCAUCAACGAAGAUAAGACCGUCAUCUAUGUGCUCAACAAGAAGACCGACGGUACUGACAUCGAUGCCCAAGUGCUGGAACAGCCCGCUGUCACCACCAAACCUGAAGUAUUCUUCAUCAAGUACAAGACCGCCGAAGAAGCCCAACAUGCCCAACAGGAAAUCCAAGCUCAAUACGAUGCGCUCGGCGGAAGCAGCCAAGUCACCGAUGAGGGUGUCGCUCCAGUCAGCUCGGUCAUUGGCUCGCUGGGCGGCGGCGAUGGUGCUGGAGCUGGUGCUUUUGCUGGCGCUGGUGCAGGUGCCGGUGCUUUUGCUGGCGCUGGUGCAGGUGCUGGUGCUGGUAUUGGCGGCGGUCAUGGCGGUCAUGGCGGCAGCAAUGCUUACUUGCCACCCAAUUUCAAAUAA